AUGGCUGCGACAACAAAAGAGCAACCGAGUCCAAUUGAAAAGUCGAACAGUAAUACUAAGAAUGCCGAAUACAUAAAGUGUUGCAAAAAAAGUUAUUUUCCGGGACAAUUUGAUAAUAAAUCAUCACAAACACAAUCAAAAUACCGAACUUCUACAUUUUCUGCAUUUGGAAAUUUCUGCGGUGGAGAUAAUUACGAAAGUAAGGAACGGAACUUCGAGAAAGAAAGUACUAACAACCAACAGGAGAAACGUAAAAGAAUGGAGACUGAUGGGAAGGACGUACCACUAAUGAAGUACGAUCAGAAGAUUAAUAUCGGUUACACUCCAUUCACACUUUUUGUGCACCUCACCAUAAUAUUUCAGCACCUCUAUACUUUAUACCCUAUGCCAUUCACGUCAACUCAUAUUACAUCGUUCACCCAGCUGGUGUACAUUACUACUACUUGUUUUCACAUAGCCACCUUAUUGGCAAAUUUGUUCAAGAAAUGCCAAGUAGAGAAGGUCUUCGUGUUAUAUGGAACAUGGGUUAUUUGGUCAGGAUGGGCGAUGUGUCUGUGGCUUAUAAAUUCAGAAAAUCGGUCCGACCCUUUAUUACCGAAAGGGUACUAUUAUGUAAAUGGGAAUGAAUCAAUAGUGUUACCAAACGUUGAAGCCCUGAUUAAACCAAUGGACGCGACUCCUCUGAUGCAUGGAAAGUGGACCUCUGCUUUACCGAUACUUUCUUUCUUUCUUCUAUUGGCAAUUCGCCGAAAUCACUGGGGCUUGUUAACUUGGGAGCAUCUUGUCGUAUUGGAAACAACAAACUCUUUAAAGUAUUAUCGAACCUGGUGCAUCGCCGGUGCGGGGGCUGGUUGGAUACUCUUCUGGGAAGCAGUGAAAUUCUGGUGUCACGUAUUCGCUCACGUCAAUCCUGUUGAAAAUAAUGUCAUCUAUCAUACAGACAGCACAAGGCUUCCUGGACUAUUUAAUAUCCUUCUGGUCAGUUUUGCCUCGGGUAUCUUCAUGAUUUGUUGGUGGAGCUUUUGGACAUUCCAAUAUAAAGGUGUUGUGUGGAAGAAAGAAUUAAGGGAAGGUGUGGUGGUUUGGUCUUCAGAUGGCUUGAUCCAAGUCGGAGGUGUAUGUUAA